UUCUUUAACUUCCUUUCUCUAUUCCUUCACGGCAAAAGGUAGAAAUAUAACUCCUCACAAUGUGUCAUUAUGUUUGACCAAACAAAUUAACAAGUGACACAAACCCAAAAAAGGUUAUCACUAAAGGGGGUAAAGAGUCUUUUCCUCUUUCCUCUAUAUUCUUCUCCUGUUAUUCCUCUUCUCUUUUCUGGUACAUGAACAAGUUCUGAGCUGUGACCAUUAAACAACAACAGUCUUUAUACCUUCUUUUAGUUCUCUCUCUCUCGCUCUCUCUCUUUGUUGUUUUCUUCUGUUUUAAGUUUCUUGAUUUGGGUUCAGAAACGUGCAUUUGCCUUCACUUGCUGCCUCAGCUUGCUCUUCGGGUCAGAGGCCAAAAGGAGACGGGUGUAAACCAAAGCCUGUUUAGUCACAACAUAUGAAUAACAAAGGAAGUCAGAACUUUACAACCUGCAAGCCGGUUACUACAUUUGUUCAAACUGACACCAACACUUUCAGAGAAAUCGUGCAGCGGUUAACAGGUCCAUCAGAGAACAACAAUGCUGCAGAAGUACCAGAAGGAACAUUGAUAAAACCCGCCACGCAAAAGAAGCCAACUUCUAAGCUUCACGAGAGAAGGCCUUGUAUGAGGCCAAAGCUUGAAAUUGUCAAACCUCCUCUAAGCUUUAAGCCCAAUGGCACAAGACCAUCAUCAAAAUCUGGUAUUACCACCCCUUCUUCAUUGUUCUCUGACUUGUCCUUGAUAGAAGGGGACCAAGCAGAACCAGAGGAGAGAGCUAUUAAGGAAAGACGCUUUUACUUACAUCCAUCACCAAGGUCUAAACCAGGGUAUACAGAGCCAGACUUGCUUACUUUGUUUCCUUUGACAUCUCCAAAUUCAAGUGGCAGACCAUAGAUUCAACAGAUUAAUCAUAAAGCUUGUUCUCUUCCUACUACCUCAAAAGAUCAUGUACAUGUAACAUUUUCACAGCAGUAUCAUUCAAAGAGUAAAAACUGUUCACUCUCUGUAACAUUUCUGCAAUGUUUUGUUCUUUGUGUAGA